UACCAGCCUUCUUGGGCGCACAAGAUCUUUUUACUCACUCACAUUAUAUUCUUUGUUCUUUCCCGCUGGCUGGUGCUAAACGUUUACGACAUGGACUUCUCACGUCUACAGCACCUUGGACCGGACUUUUUGGCAUCAAAUGUCUCUGCGACCAGCCUACCUUCUUCAUUUUUGGAUAGCUUCGUUCCUGGCUAUGGCAUCCUUUCGCAGAUCAUUCUGCGUCUGUUCGGUAUUGACAUAGGCCUAGUCGCCUCCGGUUGUGUUGUCAUAUUUGGUCUCUCACACGCUGCUUCCUUCCUCAACUCACAUGUAUACUCCUACUUUGACCGUUACUUUACAUCUUCUAUCUCCAUCGACGGCGACGACGAACUAUACGGGGAAGUUGUGGGUUGGGUCACACAGCAAAGGAUGACGAGGAUUAGCAGAGAUCUCAGAGCACACACAAAGCCGCGAAAUACCCAUCAUGACUCCGAUGACGACAAUGACGACGACAACGACAUGUCAGGUGAUGAUGGAAUCUUCAACUACGGGAGAUGGGCUAGCAAUGUCCCGCCACGCUACGAACCCAACUACGGGUUAGACAGGUUCGUCUACGACGGCCGCACGUUCACUUUGUCUAGGGACAGGAAAGACAAGAAGAACUGGUGGGGAGAUCAGUACGACGAGUUCAUGACCAUCCGCUGCAUCGGUCGAAGUACGCAACCCAUCAAGGAUCUUCUUCUCCACGUCAAGCAAUGGACUUUGAAGAACGAAAACAAAACCACAAGCAUCUAUCGCCCACUACCCAAGAAUGAGAAUAGCGGCGGCGAAACCAGAUGGGAGAGACAGUCGAAUCGAGCAUCGCGACCCAUGCGCACUGUGUCCCUUGGUCGCGACGAAAAGAAACUCAUCGUCAGCGACAUCAAUGAGUACCUCCAGCCUGAGACAAGGCGCUGGUAUGAUGCACGAGGCAUUCCGUAUCGACGAGGCUAUCUUUUCCACGGGCCCCCAGGUACAGGCAAGACUUCACUAUCGUUUGCCCUAGCCGGCAUUUUCGGACUACACAUCUACUGCAUCUCCCUAAGUGAGGUUGGUCUUACUGAAGCUGAUCUAAACAUGCUGUUCACCGAGCUCCCACGACGUUGUAUUGUUCUGUUGGAGGACAUUGACUCUGCCGGCUUGCGUCGCGACGACGAUCCGCCACCCAUUGAACCUACCACACCGACUACACCAGGCAGUGCAAAGACGCCUGGAAACGAGCCUCCUGGACCUCGAAAGAGUCUGAUCAGCCUGGCUGGACUGCUCAAUGUCAUCGACGGCGUCGCAUCUCACGAAGGCCGCGUCCUCAUCAUGACCACCAACCACCCUGAGAAUCUAGAUGAUGCUCUCACCAGACCCGGACGAGUGGAUGUUCGCAUUCCGUUCUCACUAGCGACGCACACUCAGAUCAAAGAUAUCUUCAUGCGCAUGUAUGGUACCGACGACGAUGCACAGAAGUCGAGCGAUGCAGACCAAACAAAGCCCUUAUCAAAGCCAAAAACCAAGGGCGCCAGUAGUUUGGAUGACGACGAAGACGAAGACGACAUCGAAGACUUGCUGUUCGAGAAGCCCGUUACCCAGACCCUCGACAAGGUCACUUUGAAACAGAUGGCACAAGAUUUCGCGGACAAGCUACCAGAGGGAAGGUUCUCGCCUGCAACUAUCCAGGGCUACCUUUUGACAAGAAAGCGAGAGCCCCAAAGAGCUUUGAGUGAAGCUUGCAAAUGGAGAGACGAACAGCUCAAAGCUAUGGAGGAGAAGAGGAAAUGAGUUGUUCAACCGCAGUUGUCGACAUUGAGUUCGGAAGAUGGUUGUCUCGAAGAUGUCAUCAGGCCGUCUAAGCAGCCUGAUAAGGCUAUGCGGGAUCGGCUGACGCUUGUUUAGUGCAUUAAUGAGGGCUCUUGGCAAUACAGGAUAUGUGGGUGUGGCGUUAACGGGCAUGGGCUAGCGAGAGUACGAGGUCAGAUCAGCUGGUGAGGCUCCUGCUCCAGUCCCUCUCAUAAUGCAGCAUCAAGACCACCACAACCUCCUUGAAUAACCCAAAAUCAAAUGAGAA